AUGCUCACCAUGUCUGAUGAGCGUCUGGAAUUUAUGCGAAGUCUCGGUAUCACUGAGGAGGAUGUACUGGAUCCUUCACUGGUAACAGAAGAAACUGGGAAAAAAAAAGGUUUUACUGAAACUCGCCUGGGGGCUAACAUGGUCCGUGAGCCACCUCUAAAUGUCGAUUGUGUCAAGACGACUAGAGCGGUAUUUCCGAUCGCUGAGCCAGCCGAAUUCAAACCAAAACUGUUAAAAAAGGAGAGGACACCACAAAGUAAGGGAAAUGAUGGAAUACGUACCACUGGUCUUUCACCUGAGCAGCUGAAGGUUGAUGGAAACCGGGCAUUUGAGGAUGGACACUACCGUGAAGCACUGAACUACUACACGGAUGCCAUAGAGUGUCUCCUUGAUUCAUGUAACUACGACUUGAAGGAGAAAGGUCAUCUAAAUACGAAAGGUAAUGAUAUCAUCGGAGCUGGAUUUGGUGUGUGUGACUCGAGGAUUAUUUUGCUUGCAGCUUUGUUCAGUAAUCGAUCAGCCUGUUAUCUUCAGGCUGCAAAACAAAUAGGAGCAGCUGAAGCCCUUGAAAGUGCUAUACGAGAUGCAGAUCGCGCGGUUGAGCUUCGCCCAACGUGGUUUAAAGGUUAUUCUCGACAAGGUGAUGCUUUUUUCAAAAUGAAGAAAUACCACCAAGCAACCGAGGCGUAUGAGAUGGCAUUGCAGUUCGAGCCCGGAAACAAUAAUCUUAUUCAGUCAGUGAAAGAGGCUAGGCAGCGUGGCGCUGCAAAGGCUCGGGAGAGUGUACAACACUCCAAAAAACAAGCCACAGUGAGAUGCGGGGAGCGGAAUGCUGCACCUGUUACGUUUGUUUCGGUGGCUGUCCCUGCAUCUGCUCAGGUUUCUUCUAACAGUGCUUCUACGGGAAUGAGUGAUAGUGGCCAGUACAAAACUUCUGCGCGUCAACUUUGGAAUGAGUUCAAGUCAGAGGUUGAAGCUUCUGUUCACCAGCCUACUGGGGAUGACUACCGACGAGAACAAUUACGGUUAUUUCGAGAGCAGAAAGAGCGUGAGAGGAGUGGAGUUGCAUUAUCCUUUUCUUCUGAGAAUCGAAGCAGCGAAGAAUUGUUUCGGAAGGAAACUGAGACAGAACCGAAACUUUCUGGAGGUAAUGGUCCGACAACCAACGCACCUCAUAGGAGAGGAAGGAAUGAGAGCAUUCCGCCGGAGUUUUCAUCAGAUGUUGCUGUGGCAUACCAACAGCGUCUUCUUGAGGAGUAUAGGCGGAGAAAAUUACAACGAAUGGAAGCUUUCAUUAACGCUGUAUUCAAUGUACCAAAUAUGCUAAACUAG